AUGCCACUCCGUCGUCACCAUCGAACAAUUGACCUUGGGAAGAAGCUGUCAUCCUUCAUGACAGCUCCCCCAAUACACAACACCCAAACGAUGGAUAAACUCACAAAUUCUGAACUUAACCGCUUGAUCCUUGAGGAACGUCAACCUACCAACAUAAACGAACUCGGUCACCUCUUGACGUAUAUCUUCCAAUCCUUCACUACUGAAAUUCCUGCAGCAGAAGAACUUGUAAUUCCUUUGAGCAGGGUUCCGCAAGCUGCAAGGGUCGAGGAUCUUGAUACUUUUGUUGUUGAUGGGACUCCCAUGAUCAACCUGUAUGAUACUAAAAAGCGCCGGUGGAAUUGGAUGCUUCCAUCAUCGUAUGAACACAAAAAAAAGGAGCAGGAAGAAGCCGAGAGCAGCAAGGGAGAGUGGGUCUUGGUCGAUGAAGCUACAAACACGAAAUCAGCCCAUACCCCACCCGCCAGUAACCUUACCGAAAGCGACCUCUCCGAGUCCAUGUCGGCUGAUGGGGGAAGCCAUCACAAGCCAUCCAGCGACUCAUCAGACCCAUCCAACGAUGGGAAUGAACCGAUAGUCGUUGAGGAGGACCUGGAUCAAUCAUCAGCGACAGAGUAUAUCUUCGGGUCCUUUUUCAACGUCGUCUCUGCUGCUGCUACUCACAAAAAAACCUGGGCUUGCGAAAAAACACAAUUUGUCGCGCAAAUGGAGUGCAGCGAACUCAUCGCGCCCAGUACCUGGCGAUGCGAUCAAGUCCCGUACACACCUGCUGGUACCCUUGCAAGGACUCUCGACACUAAAGCUUACCUGCUUCUGAAACACCAGCCCUGGAGAAGGUUCGCUCUGAUGAUCUCGUUGUGCGCUGGUUAUCGCGAACUUCGUGUCCACUUAUACGACCACUCAGGCAGCGUCGUAAGUGCUUGCACUCACAUCGAUCGACAACCUGACAAGUACUUACAAAUCUUAUCGAGCAUCGUCUUUGGUGAUCUCGAGUGUAUCGGGUAUGACCCCUCAAUAAACAUCUUCAAGCACACGCUUGAUCAAACGCUGAAGUCGCGCUCGAGUUGGCUCCCCCUCCAUAUCCAGAACAAGUUGAAAUCCUCGCAAGCCGAGGACGCGACUGCAUUGCCCGAGAACCAGGGUGAAGGUGAAGGCGAGAGUGAGGGCGAGGGCGAGGGCGAGAGCGAGAGCGAGGGCGAGGAUGAUAUCGAGGGCGAGGGUGAGGGUGAGGGUGAGGGUGAGGGUGAGGGUGAGGGUGAGGGUGAGGGCGAGGGCGAGGGUGAGGGUGAGAGCGAAAGCGAGAGUGAGGGCGAGGGCAGGGCUGAGAACGUGAGCAAGGGCGAGAGUGAGGAGAGUGAGGGCACGUCCUCUCACAUUAAUACCAUGGACACGAAGGGCACCGCUAAAAAGAAAGAUAACGACGACUUCCCACUGGAGUUCCCUAUCGAAGUACCCGAAGACCCUCUCCGCGCACCCCUUCCAGAACCUAUCGGCAAGAUUCGCGUCGGUGACCAUCACUACGAUAUGCUCGAAAUCAUCUUCUCCAGCCAGGGUCUUGUUGGUCGUGGUACCGUUUGUUACCUAGCCAGGAAAGACAACGAGGAAUUCAUCAUAAAGGACCACUGGGUCCUGGGGGGAGAGAAGGAGGCCAUGAACGAAGUCAACAUGAUGAGGAAGAUGAAUGGAGUCCGAGGGGUUCCUAAGCUCGUCGAGCAUUGGAUCGUCGAGUCCAGGAACAAAAUCGACCAAACUGCAAACUACCGGUACAAAGUUCUGCGCAGCCUUAAGAACACAUUUCGAACUCACGUUCGCCUCGUCUUGAAGCCUGCGCGCGAGACCUUUGCAUCAAUUUCGCACGAGGCUAGAGUUGCUUAG